GUUGUACGCGUCACUUCAAGUUCAACUUUAGAGAAAUUUUCUCCCACCAAUAGCAAACUUUCAAAACAACAUCAACAAAGGCAUUUCAAAAUGCGUGAGUGUAUAUCGAUACAUGUGGGUCAAGCCGGAGCCCAGAUUGGUAAUUCAUGUUGGGAACUGUAUUGUCUGGAGCACGGUAUUGGACCAGAUGGGAAACUUGUUGAAAAUUCUGAAGCAAAGAAAGGAGUGGACACUUUCUCGACAUUUUUCAGUGAAACAGAUUCUGGGAAGCAUGUACCACGUGCACUGUAUGUUGAUUUGGAACCAACUGUGAUAGAUGAAGUACGAACAGGAACAUAUAGAUCUCUGUUUAGUCCCGAGAUGUUGAUAACUGGGAAAGAAGAUGCAGCAAAUAAUUAUGCCAGAGGACAUUACACUAUUGGUCGCGAGAUUGUUGACAAAGUAUUGGAUAAGAUACGAAAACUUGCUGACCAAUGUACAGGUCUUCAAGGCUUUCUUAUGUUCCAUUCGUUCGGGGGUGGCACUGGAUCUGGCUUUACAUCAUUGCUAAUUGAACGUCUAUCAGUUGAAUAUGGCAAGAAAUCUAAACUGGAGUUUUCAAUAUAUCCAGCACCUCAGAUAUCCACCGCAGUAGUCGAACCUUAUAACUCCAUUUUGACCACUCACACAACAAUGGAACACUCUGACUGCUGUUUCAUGGUCGACAAUGAAGCCAUCUACGAUAUCUGUCGCAGAAACCUGGGCAUUGAACGGCCAACCUACACCAACCUUAACAGAUUGAUUGGUCAGAUUGUAUCGUCAAUUACCGCCUCCCUUCGUUUCGACGGGGCACUGAAUGUUGAUCUCACUGAAUUCCAAACCAAUCUUGUCCCUUACCCAAGAGUUCAUUUCCCCCUCGCGACGUACGCUCCAGUAAUUUCUGCAGAGAAAGCCUUCCACGAGCAAUUGUCCGUUGCCGAGAUCACCAACGCGUGUUUUGAACCAGCCAAUCAAAUGGUGAAAUGUGAUCCACGUCAUGGUAAAUACAUGGCUUGCUGUUUGUUGUAUCGUGGUGAUGUCGUGCCUAAAGAUGUGAACGCCGCCAUCGCAACCAUCAAGACCAAACGUACCAUUCAGUUUGUAGAUUGGUGUCCAACUGGCUUCAAGGUUGGUAUCAACUACCAACCACCAACUGUGGUACCAGGAGGUGAUCUGGCCAAGGUACAGCGUGCUGUGUGUAUGUUAAGUAAUACCACAGCAAUUGCUGAGGCGUGGGCAAGAUUGGAUCAUAAAUUUGAUUUGAUGUACGCCAAACGUGCUUUCGUUCACUGGUAUGUUGGUGAAGGAAUGGAGGAAGGAGAGUUUUCUGAAGCUCGCGAAGAUUUAGCGACAUUGGAGAAAGAUUACGAAGAAGUUGGUGCUGAAUUUGAGGAAAACGAAGAAGAGGACGAAGACGAGAACUUUUGAACAGAGAAUAGGUUUAUGUCAAAAUAAUUUGGGCAAACAUGUUGUCUGUAUACCUUUAAAAGGAAUUGUUGACGAUACUUGAUGUAAUAUGCUAUGUUCUGUAAUCUUCUACAUAUCUAUUAAAUUUUACCGAAGUGCAUGAAGAAUUCAUUUCUAUUUUGAAUAGUUAUGUGUGUGUUUUCUGUCUAAGCAGUUCAAUAAAAGACCAUCUGUGUUUUGUGGACUCGAGA